AUGACUGAAAUGCAAAAUUCUCCAUCUGAUAGACAAAUUAAGGAUUUUCAAAAACUUGCUGAGUCGCCAUCAGCUUCAAAAAGAACUCAACCCUCAGUAAAUGAUUAUAAAUUUCCGUGGCGAGAGUCACCACGAGCUCAUAUCGCACCUGCAAUCACCCCUCCUUCUUGUGGUCACGUUACGAGAAUAGCCAUUAGCAACAAUGCUUCUCAAUUACACACACCUGCUUCUCCUUCGCGUGAACUUUUACGCAACAAUAUCUCUACAAAUACAAACUCUCUUAAAAGUAAUAUCAGUGGUAGCAUUUGUGGUGUAGAAAAUAGUGCAGCGGUACUGAAAUCUUCUACUUCACGUCAUCCAUCUCAGAUACCAAGAAUAUCUCCUGAAAUUACAUCUACUGCCAAAUCUUCUGCUUCAUCAAUAUCAGCUUCGUUACUACGACAAAUAUCCCCAUCACCAAGCAAAGUAUGCAGUCCAUCAUCGCUACCAAUGGUUACUACAUUUUCCGUAUAUCAAGAAAAUCCACUUCCUGCUUCUAAUAUAACAUCAGUAAAUGAAAUAGUUGACAACUCUACUGUAAUUAAUGGAUCUACUCAGCAAACUAUAACUACUGUUGCUAAUGCAAGUGCUACUGCUGCUGGUCAUUCUUAUUCAUCUACUACAAAUAAUCAUCCAAUUCCAGUUUCUACAAAAUUUUCAUCAGUUAUACCAAGUACAUGUUCAUCAGCAUCUUCAACAGUAAUUGAAGGCAAUACUUUCUCUUUAAAUGAUAAUGGACGAAUAGAAGAAACAAAUUAUAGUAUGAAGGAUACAAAUGAGAAGGGUAUUAAACGUAUGGAAGAACAUUCACGUAUUCCUCGUAUAAGAUCAGUAAAAGCAACAACCGCAAUGAAGAAAUCUCAUUUGCCAUGCACAUCAAAUACUACUGAUCUAGCAGAUGCAACAACCACAGAAUCUUGUAAAGUAAGCCAUGAUAAUAAAGUAGCAUUUCGAUCUCGACUUCCAGUAAGAAGUAGUCGUAGUAGCGGGCUGAGCACAUCAGGAACUGCCGAGAAGCAUUCUUCUAGAAUUUCUUCUUCAGAUGAGAAAUUAUUACAAAGUCGAAUUCCUGUAAUGGCUAGCAGUAUGCAUCGAGCACAUCCACAGACACAUUUUACGGGCCAAAUGAUCGUACCGACGGAAACUUCAAAUAUGCAAAUUACUUCAUCAUCAACAAAUAGCCGUGUAAUCACUGAUUUAUGA